AGAAGCAUACACACCUAUAAAGACAGAGAGAGACACAUAGAGGGAGAAAGACGGGUGGAAUAGACAGGGGGUGAACUUAAGCUCUGUGUGUGUGUGUGUGUUGUGUGCAGGUGUUGAGUAUCAGGUUUAAGGAAACAUAGGAGCAUAAAGGGAAACAUGCAGGCUGCAUUCUGGUUGACUGUGGGGCUGCUGUGCCUGACCGUUGAAGGACUUGCCAUCGCUCGAAAGCCUCAGCCAUGUCGUUCUCCGCCUCUUUUCAGGGGGACUUUCACUGUGGGAAGCCAGAAUGAGAAGUUCGGGGCUGUGGGAAGGUUUGCCUAUGACGCCUUACAGCAGCGUAUCCAUCUGGGAGAGAUGGGGACCUACAACAACAAGAGCUACACCUACAACACUCUAUUUCUGUUUGAGGAGAGCGUCAUGUACGAGAUCAACGAUAAAGAGCAGACCUGUGUGAAGAAAGCUCUACAGUCUGACUUCCACCCCAUGGCUGUGCCCAAGGGAGCCACCUUCGUAUCUCAGGUGGUGUUGGGAAGCUCCUCUGGCCCGGGACAGGGCCUGCUGGUCAACAACUGGUGGGGAAACGUGCCUGGGCAGGGAAACUACAUGGUGACAUUCAGUGAAUUUGGGUGCUAUCCUGUCUCUUCCCUGUCUCAGACGAAGGAGUUUGGGUGGAUGAGUGUGAGUUACUUUGACAACGUCCUUGGGGCAGAGCCCCACUGGUUCAUCCCGCCGCCAUUUUGUGCGGACGCCGAGUUGGUGGAGAGCGAGGAUGGAAAAGUGACAGACUUCUUCUCCGCCUUCCAUUGAGCUGAGGCAGAUGGUUGGACAACAGCUGCAUCACAUACAAAAAUGUGUUUUUUAGUGCCCUUUAUUGGUUUUGUACAUUUCUCACAACAGAAUAAUGAUUCUCAAAAGUCUUUGUUCAAUUGUGACUUCCUGGUGUUUAAAGUGGCAUUUAUUGUGGUUAGUGAUUGAAAUUACAGUGUAUAAUUUUUCUUUAAAGAAGUUUCAAUUAAACCACCAUGUCUGAAACACACA